AGCCCUUUAGUCUCUUACAGGGGUACAUAGGUUUACUCAAAGCAUUACAAACCAUGACACCAUCUGCUAAGCACGUAUCCUACACGACCCAAUGAUACGCUGCCAAGGUGCUAAAGUUAAGUACCCUCGACGCCAAUGGCGCUUGGUAUUUCCCGUUAACUGGGUCGCUCAAAUCUGGUAGUAUCCACUUUUUCAUCAUCUCAUCUCAGAGUCUCGGACACAGAGAGCUACCAAAACUCUCCAACAAAACAAUCCCAAACCCCCAAAAUAACUUAAAACCAAAAUAGAACAGUCAUAGAAAAAGAUCAAAGCCUAAGCAAAGCCACUUCGAAUAGAAAGAAAAGACAUGGAAGCGCCACCGUCCACUUCUCCAACAUCGCCACCACCUGCUCCUCCUCCUCCGUCAUCGUCGUCGUCAUCAUCAUCAUCAUCGUACACGCUAUUUAUAACGAUUAUGAGCAAAAGGAGAACAUGGGUAUUUCUGUUUGUGCUAGUUUACGCCAUCCUUUUAGCUUCUUUGUGGAAUUCCCUCAAAUCGAUACUUUCUUGGUACAAACACCAAGCCCAACCCUCUUCUUCUGGUUGGCCUGCCCUCUAUGCAUCUGUUCUUCUCGGUGCAGUUUUUGGGCUGCUCUCCAUGGUUGCAGCUCUGGCUGUGGCUGUGCCAGCCACUUUGGUCACCUGGAUCACCGUUGUGGUUUUGCUUGCUUUCUUUGGGAAACCAAAGAGGACCUUGGUGCUGGAAGGAAGGAAAAUUACUAGAGAGAUCGUUGGGUUUGUGUUCAAGAUUUUGUUAAAGGAAGGGAACCUUGUAGCUGCUGUUUGUGCCGUUUUGGGUUACUUUGCACUUAUCAGGAAGAAUUCUGGGUAGAUAUUUUUCCAGUGUUUGCAUUAUGCAAUACAUAUUGGUGGUAUGGCAUGCGAUUAUUUUCAAUUCAAAUCCUACAACAUGCAUUGGUUCUUGAAUUGCUAAAAAUCGUAUCUAUGUUAAAUCUUACCACUUUCAUUAAUUUAUCAACAUACUUGAGUUUUUGGAAACAUUAGUGAAGUUAACUGCAAUCUUUGGAAUGAUUGCGAGUAUUUGGAAUAGGCCAGGGUCCCUUGCGUUUCCCAAUACCCAUGCUUUAUUAAAGCCGUGUCAGGGUGUGGAAAUGUGAGUUUGGUCCCCCUUCAACUGCAUCAUUUUGCCAUUUAUCAAGUUCUUGGAGAAAACUAUCUUAGUGAUUCUGUAUAUUUCGUGUGACAGAUAGCUACCCCAACCCUAAGCCACUUGUAGAACAGACAAUGCUUUUAUUGCCUUCUCGACAGAAACCGAAUUAGCCCGAUAAAUAUUAGAAUACAAGUAUAGGGUAAGAUCCUUUGAAUAUAUGGAAAAACAUAGAAAAAGUUCAGCAUACUUGUGACGAGUAUAUAUCCGUCUAGUAAAAUAGAUUGUUUCUUUCUGCUAAUCAACAUUGAUGUUGUUAAAGAUGGCUGAAAGCUAUACCCUCUGACUCAUGGUCCAUGUGGUUUCCCAACGUGUACUACAUCGAAUGGAAGGGAUAGUAAGAAAUGCAACACGAGAUGUAGCAGUUAGAUGAGCAACACGGUGGAGCAAAGAUCGCUGCAAGCAUGGACAACACAGGCAAGCCAAGUACAGGUGACAGCAUCAUCAUGGGAGCUAUACGUUGCUAUGGUGUUGCAGUUGACAAACAUAUGGCACAUACUUAGUAUGAUUGCUGCACUUGCAUCAACGUUAAUGUCACUAUGUUGAGACUUGAACUGUCGUAUUUGGAACACCCUCCAAAUGAAAUUGGUCUUGUGUCGAGAGAGUUGUGGCCGCAGGUUGGUCCAAGGCCUAAGGGCUAUCCAUGUUAAUCGCCCCACAGUACAUGAUCAAGAUUGUUAUAUGAACACAAAUAAGCCAUCAGCUUUUUCUGGUAACAGGGUUCAUAAUUUUGGCAAGGUUACCAUUAGAUACUCGACAUCUUCCUAGGAUUCUAGUCCUUGUCUGCUACCGUAUUUAUUGGAAGUGGUCUCAUUCUGACCAUCUUCCAAGAAAUUGCUGUCAAAAGGUCUGAUGAGGCAGUAAUUCUGUUGAAAAAGGACUAAUUAUGUAAUUAACCUCUCAAUUAAGACUUUUUUUUUCA